ACUCCACACUUCUGAAACCAGCCCACACCAUUGAGGGUCACAUUUCCUUUCUGUCUAUUUUCAAUCAUAGGUAGAACCUCUGAGCAUUCUUCUCAAUUUGUAUAAACUCCGCGAUCCUUCAAUUCAAACUCCUUUGAAAUCCCUAACCCAUAUGCGCGUUUGAUCAGAUCCAAUCACUUUUUUCGAUGGGCCAGUCGAAUUUGCCUCCUUCCAAGCGUAAUCCGCGUCAAUGGCGGCUCUUGGACAUAGUAACUGCGGGGUUUUUUGGAUUCAUAUUUCUCUUCUUCGUCCUCAUCUUCACACCUCUCGGGGAUUCGCUUGCCGCCUCUGGUCGCCAGACGCUUCUUUUAUCUAACUCUGAUCCACGGCAGCGCCACCGCCUCAUUGCGGCCAUCGAGGCCGGUGAGCAGCGAACUAUUGAGGCAUGCCCCCCGGAUGCGGUGGACCACAUGCCAUGCGAGGACCCGAGAUUGAACAGUCACCUCAGUAGAGAAAUGAAUUACUACAGAGAGAGGCAUUGCCCGCGGCCAGAGGCGACGCCGCUUUGUCUGAUUCCCCCGCCUGAAGGCUACAAGAUUCCAGUGCAGUGGCCGGAGAGCUUGCACAAGAUACGGCAUAGCAAUAUGCCACAUGACAAGAUUGCAGAUAGGAAAGGUCACCAAGGAUGGAUGAAACGCGAAGGCCAACAUUUUAUUUUUCCUGGUGGUGGUACAAUGUUUCCAGAUGGAGCCAUUCAGUAUAUUGAAAAACUUGGUCAGUACAUCCCAAUAAAAAGUGGUAUUCUGAGGACUGCUCUUGAUAUGGGGUGUGGGGUUGCUAGUUUUGGAGGGUAUUUGCUAGCUCGAGACAUUUUAACUAUGUCCUUUGCUCCAAGAGAUUCACAUAAAUCACAAAUACAAUUUGCUCUCGAAAGAGGAAUACCAGCAAUGGUCGCCAUGCUUGGCACUCGCAGACUUCCAUUUCCUGCAUUUGCAUUUGACUUGGUGCAUUGUUCUCGGUGUUUAAUUCCUUUUACAGCCUACAAUGCAACUUAUUUUAUUGAAGUGGAUAGAUUACUUCGCCCUAGUGGAUACUUAGUCAUAUCUGGUCCCCCAGUGCAGUGGCCUAAACAAGAUAAAGAAUGGUCAGAUCUGCAGGCUGUGGCCAGAGCUCUGUGUUAUGAGCUCAUAGCUGUUGAUGGUAACACAGUGAUCUGGAAAAAGCCAGUUGGAAAUUCAUGCAUGCCCAACCAAAAUGAAUUUGGCCUUGAGUUAUGUGACGGCUCUGAUGACCCAAAUUCUGCUUGGUACUUCAAGUUGAAAAAAUGUGUCAGCAAUACAGAUUCUGUCAAAGGAGACUAUGCUGUUGGGAGAAUCCACAAGUGGCCGGCAAGGCUCACUGCAGCACCUCCAAGAGCCACGAUCAUGAAAAACAGUGCUGAUGUGUUUGAGGCUGAUUCCAGGAGGUGGGUGAGGAGGGUUGCUUACUAUAAGAAUUCUCUGAAUCUAAAGUUAGGUACCCCGGCAGUCCGCAAUGUCAUGGACAUGAAUGCGUUCUUUGGAGGUUUUGCAUCAGCAGUAGCAUCUGACCCAGUGUGGGUAAUGAACGUUGUUCCACCUCGCAAACCAUACACUCUUGAUCUUAUAUUUGAUAGAGGUCUUAUCGGAGUUUAUCAUGAUUGGUGUGAACCUUUCUCAACAUAUCCUCGUUCUUAUGACCUGAUCCAUGUGACAAGCAUUGAAUCACUCAUAAAAGAUCCAGCUUCUGGCAAUAACAGGUGCAAUAUUGUUGACUUGCUGGUGGAAAUAGACCGGAUGCUGCGGCCGGAAGGAACCGUGGUGGUGAGGGACACGCCAGAUGUAAUCAAGAAAGUUGCUCAUGUUGCCAACGCAGUACGUUGGAAGCCUACAAUACACGAUCAAGAACCUGAAUCACAUGGUGGAGAAAAAAUUCUAGUUGCCACCAAGAGAUAUUGGACACUUUGAAUCUCAUCUCACUGACACGGCUCUGUAAGUUAGAUUGAAGGAAGUGACGAGAAGACCUUGAGCAGAUUUUUAUAGGAAGGGCUGCAGGUCGAUGCCAGUUUUAUUGAUUCAUCAAUUGUAAUUCCAUUGAUUAUUUAUUAAAGAGGGAUGUCACUGAUUGCUGUUAAUCACAAUUUUGGUUCUUCUAGUAUAUGUUGUUUCAAGCGUAGUUUCUUUUAUAUUUGGUGCAGGCAGGGAAUGCUCUCGUUGAUGUUUUGAGUGCAAUUAGUGAUUAGAUUUUUGCUUGAAGUGAGGGUUUUUGAUACUAUGAAAGAGCUUUUCCAUGUGGAAUUGAAAAAUAUAUUAGUAGAAUA